ACUCCUACCCCAUGUGGAAGGUCAAUGACAAGAUUUCGAAGCUUGUGCCUAACCCAAAAGCUCUCCCAACGGCAUGGCGAUGGGAAGAGAUGAAGAAGCUUAUGCUCGACUCUGCUCAAUAUGUCCCAGAAGAACAGGCAGAACGACGAGCCUUGAUGUUGGUGAACCCAGGCUUCGGUGAAGUCAAGGGUCCAAGCCCAUACACCACAGACACAAUUUAUGCCGGAUUUCAACUCGUCAUGCCGGGCGAGACAGCUCCUGCACAUCGGCACAUCGCUUUUGCAGUACGUUUCAUACAGGAAAGCGAAAAGGGUUUCACUUCUGUUGCCGGACAAAAGAUCUAUCUGGAACACGGUGACUUAGUAUUGACCCCAUCGUGGCAAUGGCACUACCACGGCAAUGACGGCCCAACACCGACGUUCUGGGUCGACUGCCUUGACAUCCCGCUGCACGUGUAUGCGAGAACUAACUUUCUGGAGCCAUAUCCCACUGCGAAGGUGCCCGAUCUUGUCACCGACGACAGCCCCUUCCAUUUUCCGUGGAAGACGACCCAGCAAGCACUAGACGCACAGGACUCGCCGAGAGCAGUCUAUCACUACCUCAGCAACGGAAGUCCCUUUUCUCGCACCAUUGCAGCCCAGGCAGAGCGUAUCAAGCAAGGUCACACAGCUCGUCUGCCUCGCGAGACGUGCUCAUUCAUCUAUGUCGUCCGAAAAGGAUCAGGGUAUACCAAGAUUGAUGCACCCACAGGCCAGAAGACAAUUGAAUGGAAAGAGAAGGAUGUGUUUGUUGUGCCCUCCUGGUCCUGGGUGACACAUACGGCUGACGAUGCUGGUGAUGCGUAUCUGUUUGCCCUUACUGAUCGAUCUCUUUCAGAUAAUCUUGGGCUUGCCAGGGUGGAUUAUUCGGCACCUUGAAGGACUAAUUCCGCCAUAG